AUGGACUGGAAAAAGAAGAAGAAGAAGAAGAAGAGAUACAAGCAAGUAAGCAACCAAGAGUUCGAUGAUGAAGAGAAAGAGCAGAGACAAAAGGAUAUGUGGUGCUCGCUUGAAAUUUUGCUAAAAAUAAGUUUACGAAAAUUGAGUUUGCAAACUCAUAACCCCCAAAGCCCCAGUAUGCUGUCAAGUGACAAAGAAAUAAUGGCAAUCAAGACUGGAACUCCCUCUGUGACUGGAACUCCCUCUGCGGGUAUUGCACCAGUGGCUACUCCUACAACCCGUACCGCUGUGCCACCGGCUGAGAAACCUGCAAAGUUCACCGGUGCCAACUUUAAUGGAUGGCAGCAGAGAAUGUUCUUUUGGCUUACCACCCUUGGUAUGCAAAAGUUCACCAGUGAGGACCCUCCUGUGCCUGCCACCGACAUGCCUGACAACCAGAAGUUCAUGGUUACUGAGGCUUGGAAACAGGCUGAUUUUUUGUGCAAAGGCUACAUUUUGAGUGCCUUAGAAGAUGAUUUGUACAACGUCUACAGUGAAAUAGAGACCUCCAAAGAACUGUGGAGUGCACUGGAAAAGAAGUACAAAAUCGAAGAUGCUUGCUUGAAGAAGUUUGUGGUUGCCAAAUUCCUAGACUACAAAAUGGUGGAUGGAAAAACUGUUGGAACCCAAAUCGAGGAAGAUAACAAAACCGCUGAGAAGAGGUACCGUAAGAGUUCACCGAUUGAAGGGGCAAGUGUCGUUGAAGAUGUUGCUCCGAAAAAGAACAAUAAAAGGAAGAGGCGUUCUGGAAAGGAGAAGUAUCCUAACAAGAAAAAGUUCAAGGGCAAUUGUUAUAACUGUGGUAAAGCAGGCCAUAAAGCUCCCGACUGUCGUGCCCCCAAGAAGGACAAAGAGAAAAACAAAGGUCAGGCAAACAUGGUGGAAGAUGUUGAUGACCUGUGUGCAAUGCUGUAUGAGUGCAACCUGGAAGAACCUAGUCUCAGCCGCACUACUCGUGAAAAAUGGGUUUAA